CGCUCGCUCGCUCUCUCUCUCACCGAAUCACACACACAGGCAGGCCAGUGAGGCAGGGGCACGAAGGCGCGGCUCCCUCUCUCAAGCCCCUCGCCAUUACUCGCUCAUAAAGGAAGAACAGAGCGAGCGGGUAGCGAGGAAGAAGCUGGGCCGCGGGGCAAGAGGAGAGAGGUCCCCAGCCGUAGGUCUGCUGUGCAACUCCGGCUCGCCGCCUGCCAACCGCGCGGCGCGGCCACCACGCUAGGCCCCUCGCCCUCCUCGUAGGUGAACAGAGCCUGCAGUCGAUACAACAGUAAAUUCCGCGGCAUUCCAUUCGCUUUCCCUCUCGAAACGCACCCUGCAUUUACUGCACGUCGCUCGCCCUCCGGCCAUCCGCGAUCUUCAAAUCUUCCACUGUAAAAAGCGGGCGGAGACGGGAAGGCCGUGCGCUCAAGGAUGGCGCGCGAGCAGCUGGAGGAGUCCAUCGUGGCCGACGGCAACGGCAAGGAGGAAGAGGUCGGGGUCAUGGGCAUCGGCGCCGCGGACGGCGCCGACGACCAGCACGGCGGCGGCAAGCUCAGCAUGAAGAGCCUGCUGUGGCACGGCGGCUCCGUCUGGGACGCGUGGUUCAGCUGCGCCUCCAACCAGGUGGCGCAGGUGCUCCUGACGCUGCCGUACUCCUUCUCCCAGCUGGGGAUGCUGUCCGGCGUGCUGCUGCAGAUCUUCUACGGCUUCCUUGGCAGCUGGACCGCGUACCUCAUCAGCGUCCUCUACGUCGAGUACCGCUCCCGCAAGGAGAAGGAGGGCGUCAGCUUCAAGAACCACGUCAUCCAGUGGUUCGAGGUGCUGGACGGGCUGCUGGGCCCCUACUGGAAGGCGGCGGGUCUGGCCUUCAACUGCACGUUCCUGCUGUUCGGCUCCGUCAUCCAGCUGAUCGCCUGCGCGAGCAACAUCUACUACAUCAACGACCGGCUGGACAAGCGGACAUGGACGUACAUCUUCGGCGCCUGCUGCGCCACCACGGUGUUCAUCCCGUCCUUCCACAACUACCGGAUCUGGUCCUUCCUGGGCCUCGGCAUGACCACCUACACCGCGUGGUACCUCGCCAUCGCCGCGCUCCUCAACGGCCAGGCCGAAGGCGUGGCGCACUCCGGCCCCACCAAGCUCGUGCUCUACUUCACCGGCGCCACCAACAUCCUCUACACCUUCGGCGGCCACGCCGUCACAGUCGAGAUCAUGCACGCGAUGUGGAAGCCCGCCAAGUUCAAAUACAUCUACCUGCUGGCGACGCUGUACGUGUUCACGCUGACGCUGCCGUCGUCGGCGGCCAUGUACUGGGCGUUCGGCGACGAGCUGCUGACCCACUCGAACGCCUUCUCGCUGCUGCCCAAGACCCGGUGGCGCGACGCGGCGGUGAUCCUGAUGCUGAUCCACCAGUUCAUCACCUUCGGCUUCGCGUGCACGCCGCUCUACUUCGUGUGGGAGAAGGUGAUCGGGAUGCACGACGCCAAGAGCAUCUUCAAGCGCGCGCUGGCGAGGCUGCCCAUCGUCGUGCCCAUCUGGUUCCUCGCCAUCAUCUUCCCCUUCUUCGGGCCCAUCAACUCCGCCGUCGGCGCGCUGCUCGUCAGCUUCACCGUCUACAUCAUCCCGGCCCUGGCGCACGUCCUCACCUACCGCACGGCGUCCGCGCGCAUGAACGCCGCGGAGAAGCCGCCCUUCUUCCUGCCGAGCUGGACGGGGAUGUUCGUCCUCAACAUGUUCAUCGUGGUGUGGGUGCUGGUGGUCGGCUUCGGGCUGGGCGGCUGGGCCAGCAUGGUCAACUUCGUGAGGCAGAUCGACACGUUCGGGCUGUUCGCCAAGUGCUACCAGUGCCCGAAGCCGCCGGUCCCGGCGGCCGCGCAGUCACCGGCGCCGCUGCCGCACCACUAGGGCGCGCAGGCCCCGUGACGGCAUGGAGCUAGCGUCGCUGCUUGCAUUGCAGCCGGUGUUAAUUGCUACUAGGUUUUGGUCGCCUUGUAAUAUACAAGCCUCCUCUAGGGUCGUAGAACUCGAUCACAGCAGAGUCACGCAAAGGCGGCUCGUGCCGUGCCGUGCCGCCGCCGCGUUGCUUUCCCGCCCGCCCUCCUCUGCCUGAUCGGUCCGUCGGCAUUGGUGUCGUUUUGUUUUCGUUUGGCUUGCCACCGGUAUUAAAAAGUUGAGUGAUGGUCAUGGCUUCUUAAUCCAUAUGAUGAUAUGA